GCAUGUCAUAAAACUUUGUAAGCGUUGCGGACGUGGUGUUUGAGUUUUCGUGAAGUUUAGUUAUUUUUCGUAAUUUUAAGUACGAUAAUUUACAUAUUUAAGUAACUGAAAUGUCGACGACGGGUAAAAUUCCUCCGAUAACUAUGAGUAAACUGUACGUUGGUAAUUUACCAAACGAUACCAAUGAAAAUUCACUUCGGCUACUCUUUACCGAACAGAAUUUGUCUUGUACAACAAUUUUGAUAAAACGUGGAGGAUAUGCAUUUGUUGACUGCCCUGAUCAAUCAUCUGCAGAUAGAGCUAUCGACAAACUGAAUGGUUUUACCUUUAAUGGUGUAGCGUUGGUGGUUGAACCUUCGGUAGCUUCCGGCAAGAAAAAAUCACUUGGUGGACAUCCUGACACCCCUCCAAUGCAGGUUGGCAACGGUUGGAUCCAAACAUCAAAAGUGAUAAUAUCAAAUUUGGGUCCACAUGUGAGAUUUGAGGACAUCGAACAUCUCCUCAACGAACAUGGACGUGUUAUUUCCUGUGACAAAUUGACAUCGAAAGACCCAAACACACAAACCGUCGCCGUCACAUAUGACACAACUGAGCAAGCUCAACAGGCAGUAAAUAAGCUGAAUGGUGUCGAAGUAGAAGGUAAGACUUUAAAGGUCGAACUGGCUGUGGAAAAAAGAGGAAAACGAAAUCCUAGGGGUCCAGGCGGUCCGUUUGGAGGUUUACCUGGACAAAGCAGACAAACUGACUUUCCUUUGAGGAUACUUGUACAAAGUGAUAUGGUAGGAGCUAUUAUUGGUAGGCAGGGUUCAACGAUAAGACAAAUAACACAACAAACCAGGGCACGAGUGGACGUUCACAGGAAGGAUAACGUUGGUUCUUUAGAAAAAGCCAUUACUAUUUAUGGAAAUCCAGAAAAUUGUACUAACGCAUGUAAGAGAAUUCUGGAAGUUAUGCAACAAGAAGCAAAUAACACAAAUAAAGGCGAAAUUUCUUUGAAAAUAUUAGCCCACAAUAACCUUAUAGGAAGGAUAAUCGGAAAGGGCGGUAAUACUAUAAAAAGAAUAAUGCAGGACACUGAUACUAAGAUUACCGUUUCUAGUAUAAACGACAUCAAUUCUUUCAAUCUGGAACGUAUUAUUACUGUUAAAGGAUCAAUUGAGAAUAUGAGUAGAGCCGAAUCCCAAAUUAGUUCUAAAUUAAGACAAAGCUAUGAAAACGACCUUCAAGCUAUGGCACCCCAGACGAUGAUGUUUCCUGGAUUACAUCCAAUGGCGAUGAUGGCUACUGCAGGAAUUGGCUAUGGUUCAAGAGGGCUUUACACAGGUCAGGCUCCUUAUCCUGGUAUGUACCCCGCAGGAACGCAAUCCGGUGGUGAUACCCAAGAAACUACUUAUUUGUACAUCCCUAAUAAUGCCGUCGGGGCCAUCAUCGGUACCAAGGGAUCUCAUAUUAGAAACAUCAUUAGAUUCUCUGGUGCGUCAGUUAAAAUCGCGCCUAUUGAUGAAACCAAACCGCAAGAAACACAAAAUGAAAGAAGAGUCACCAUCGUUGGAUCACCAGAAGCGCAGUGGAAAGCUCAAUAUCUGAUUUUCGAAAAAAUGAGAGAAGAGGGAUUUGUAGCUGGAUCCGAUGAUGUGCGAUUGACUGUAGAAAUUAUGGUACCUAGUUCACAAGUUGGUAGAAUUAUUGGUAAAGGAGGUCAAAACGUAAGAGAGCUACAACGUGUCACAGGUAGUGUCAUCAAGCUACCUGAACAAGGAACAUCGCCACAAGAAGAUGAAACUACAGUUCAUAUCAUUGGUCCGUUCUUCAGUGUUCAGUCUGCACAACGUCGUAUUCGGGCAAUGGUUCUUCAGUCGGUCGCCCCUCCCCAAGGCAGACAACGUCAGCCAAAACAAAAAGAUGUCAGUCAGUCGGAAGCUACCUCAUCCGAGCCACAACAGUAGUACUAACUAGAGCAACAUUCAUUCACACUGCCUAUGAGCAUGGGUUUGUUAAUGCAUACCCUAUUUUUACAUGAAACGUAUCUCGAUGCCUUCCACUUAUAUGAUUUUCAAGCGUUGAUCUGGUCGCUCAACUUCGUAUAUAAAUUAAAACAUAAAGUAUAGGCGUCGGAGAAGUUCCCAGUUGUGCUACGCGUUGAGUUUAUCUAAUUAAUCAUCAUUUUUUUUGUUUCUCUAUAGUUUUUUUUACUAGUUUGAUUAGUUAUGUAUGAAUAUGAUUUAGUUGUCAUAUUUACCAAAGUGGAAAGUUUGGAGAACUCUCCUAAAAUAAGGUAUGCGUCGAACUACGUGCCUAUUAAACUACAAUCUACCUCAAAUAAUCAAAAUAUAUUAGAUUUUAUAACCACAGAAAUUUCCGUUAUUUACACACAAUAACCCAUACACAGCAUAUUAUAUUUUACACACUUCAAAUCUCGAGAACAGUCUGUGAACUCAGACUUUUACUUUCCAGUUAACGUAUAGAUCGUUUAUUUUAACUAUUGCUAUUGCCUAAAAUGAAACGAUUUGAGUAUAAUUGCGUGUGACGUCCACAGACUGUUUUUUUUUCUUAUUAAAAUAUGGAUGUUUACCAAAGAUAAACCAUGCUGGACAUGACUCGAUGAGGCAUUUGGGUCGUGUCCAAACCUCAAUCCCGAUGUUCGACGACCAAUCAGUUACAGUUGGAAAAAAAAAUCUGAAAGAACCUGCACUACAUUAAAGAAGAAAAAUGUACGAAAUAUGUACAGUGUUCCUUCAGAGAUGAGAAUGUGACUGUAAUUUUGAUUUUUUACAGUAAUUUGAGUGUGAAUGUGGAAAGAAGAGCUUUAAAUAACUUUUGUUAAGUUGAAAUGGUGUAUUUUGUGAUUAAGGAAAUUGAGAAAGUGUCAGAUUCAGCAUUAAAAAUCUUUUUAUAAAAUGUAAUAAAAAAAUUUCAGUUAUUAUUGAUAUUGUAUUGAAAAAAAAUGGAUCUUGACAUAUUUUUAUACGAGUUUAUCAAUUUUGAAGUUAAUUAGAAUAUUUCAAGCUCAAUUCCAUUAUAGGCACUCAAAAUCCGGAAGUUCUUCCAAAAAUUACGGCUCCAAGUUCAUUAUUUACCGAUUCCUGGAACCCUCCCGAAAUUAGUACUACCAUACAUCAAUGACAGUAUGUCAAGGCGCGUCGCGCUUGCAUAUAACGUUCCCAAAUUCCGGAAAAAAACAAAUUUUUCAACCCACUUCCUAAUUUUUUCCCUACGAAUCCUCCCGACUUUCGUCCACGGGAUUAUGGAGAUUUUUUUAUCUUCAAAACAUACUUUCCCUUUCACUGUGUUUGGUAAAAAAGUUGCACAUCCUUAAGUGUGGCUUCACCUAGACCCCCCAAGAAGGGGGCAAUCGCAAAAAAUCACAUAUUUUUGGAAUGAGAAAAAUCAGAUCUCCCACACUGGCGUGUAUAAUCAAAAUAGGAAAGAAAAUUUUGAGUAAUUUAAUUUUCAAUUUUUCCUUAUAAAUUUUUGGUUCAUGGAUCUCGUACACUAUUCAGAUUCAAAUCAUAAAAAAGUGGAUUACAGUUGCUUUCAGUAACUUUCGAGGGUGGGAGAGGGUGGUAAUGUAAUAUAUUUUUUCCUGGCAGCGUUCAUUCUUAGGGUUUUUUGGAGGUUUCGUAGUCCAAGCUCUGACUCAUUUUGGGCCAUCAAAAUCGACUAUUAGAGGUGGGUUGGGGAGAAGUUGUGGGUACUAAAUUUUUUCUCUAUCCAUCCAUAUAGGUAUUUGUGUCGGCAAACGUCUCUAAAAAAUAGCUCUUGUUCGUUAUUGAUAAACUAAAUUGAAUUCAAAUAAAAAAUUAUUUGUGAAACCAUACGUUUGGUUAUGAUCUAAAUAAAUAAUCUCAAUUUCCUUGAUCGAUAUUUAAAUAGUAAAGUGACAUCUAGCAGCAAGAAUAAAUAACAAACUAAAAAAUAGACGAACAAUGUACCGUGUGUGAAUGUGUUUGUAAGAAAAGACAUUUUUUGACUAUUAUAAUAUUAUUGUUAGGCGAUUUGUUGAAAUAAUGUUGUUUUUGCGCGAGAUAUCGCUAGACGGUCCCUUAUAUAAUAUAUUAUUUGUUGGUGUUGUGGGACCGUUUCUGAGUUAUUUGAGCGUUUAAAACGGUAGUGAUUGUUUUUCGGGAGAAGAUUAAAAAAUGUAUUAUAACCUAAGACGUGUAGGACGAGUGAACAAGAGAAAGAUUCUCGACAUGCCUUGUGUCAAGGCGAAGUAGUGUCACUUGUCCCUGAUAGUACAAACUCGGGAAGUAUAUAAGGUGUUAGUAAAUAACGCCGUGUCUGAUGCAACUUAAUUCGGUUACUUCUAUUGCUAGAUUACAGAAAAAUUCAUUUCACAUUGUGAUUGUCAUUCCAACUUGUAAACCUGUAAGUUCUUUGUUUAAGCAUUAAGCAGUUUAGUUUAAAAUUUGUUUAGAAACACCCGGUGAUGAUUCCGAAUGUUUAACAGAUUUUAUCAUUUCUGAGACAACUGCUUAAAAGAAUAGUAAAGUUGUCUUCUUUAAAUCGGAACCGUCUUUUGUGCCAAACUUUUUACAGUUAUAUGUUCGAGUUUUAAUAACAAACGUUGUCAUUAAAUUAUCACUACCUAAUAUAAUCACGCCAGGUAGUGAAUGUUGGUAUAGUAGUAGUAAAUAUUAUGUUUAGUAUGAAUAUUAUCAACGUUUUCAGAAUUCCCAAUUCACCUUUUUAGAUUUUCGCAUUUUACCAUAUAAACAGUGACAAAAAAACACCACAAUACCUGACAAUAAACUGUUCCGAUUUUUAUUGCACUAAAAAAGUUAACUGAGUAAUUACAAUUCUCAGUAAUCUAAUAUCAAACAUUGUUGCAUCUGAAUUUGGUGGUCUAGCAUUAAGGACAAAAUGAAGUAACCAAUUGAUACAUCAGGAAAUGUAAAAUAACUAUUUUUGAUAAAUAUUGUUUGUUGGGGAGGAUAUUUUUUUUGUUAGAUUUUUAAAAAAUUUAAAAUGUAGCGGGGUCGCUAUUUUAAAUAUAAAUUGAAUAAAAUUGUGAAAAAAUGGAUAUAAAUUAUUUUAUUGAGAAUAUUAAUAUAUUUAUUACUUUUGUGUAAAAAAUAGAAGAGAAAAAAACUAAAUCGUUUGUACAGAUUUUAUUAAAAAAAGUGUGCCAAAGUGCAAGAAAUGUUACCAAGAGAGCUUGCUUUAUUUAUGAAGAAAAUAUGUUAAGUAUUAAAAGGGUACAUAUAUUUAUUUUCGGAUAAGAGAAAGAUAAGUAAACAUGAGAUGCUCCCCAUACAGUAACUUGCAUAACGGAAAGAUAUCACACACUUAGAAGCGGUAAUAUAGAAAGUACCAAAUAAAAAAGUUUUUUAAUCUUUAAUAAUAAGAAAUGAAGAUCAAUCGAUGUACAAACCAAAAUGUUUCGAUUAUAAAGUAUAUAAAUAGAAGAUCCUACUGAGAUGUCUACAUGUCUUAACAAAAUCAAAUUUAUAAUUUAAUUUGUAUCAAAAUAUUUGCUACAUCAAUGGAAAUAUUUUUAAAUACAGUUAAUUUAUAAUUGUUUAAUGUGUAUAAGUGUAGCUACAUUGUACAAUAACAAAUUCACGCAAUCCAUUUUUCACAUAGAGUAAUCUUAACAUCUAUCUGUCUAUAGAAAAAAAUCUAACGGUUAGUCAAAACUGUGUACUUCAAGUAAUCCAAAAAUCCAAAAAAAAAAUACAACUCUUUAUACUUUAUCCUUAAACUUGAAAUUUCCCUAAUUGAAGUUCAAUCCAUUUUGGCUUUUGAUAUUUUUUAUUGCUCGAAGUAGAAAAAUAUGUUGAAUUUCCCAACUUUCAUCCAAAAUAUGACAGUUAUGACAUUUACCAUUCCAUUCAGCACUUCCAAGGAACACAUUUUAAUGGAAACUGGAGUUUAUCCAAACUACCCCACAUUAUAGCCGUUCAUUUGGUACAAUUUUUGAAUAUAAUUUUGAUUGAAAUUGUAAUUAAUAAUUGCUGUUGAAAUUAUAAGUUACAUUCUAACAAAAUCAAGUCCAAAAUAUUUAAUAUAUAUAAAAAUUUCUUAAUUGGUUCUUGUGUUUAUUAAAUUUGACAAUUAUUUUUAUCAUUAAUUUUUGUUCCUUUUUGGAUGUUUCGGAUUAAUACUUCAUCCCCAAAAAACAAAAGACAAUUUGCUACUUUACAGUUAAUCUGAACACUCACUCCGUAAAUAGUUAACAAUUUAAUAAAAAUAAAAUCCAUAUACAAUAUAAUUUUUAAGAAGAAUAUAGAUAUGGUGUUGAAUUUUAUUUUUAAAAAAUUGAUAGCUAUCAUUGAAUGUAAUAUUGAAAUAUUUCAAUAAUCUUCUCAUUCUGCCUUCAACAGAAAAGUCGAUAAAUAUCCUUUUAGAGUGAAGAUAUUAUCUAAUUUGCUGUAUAGUACAGGUUUUGAUCAAAGUAGAACACUUUUAAAGCCAGAUCUAAACCAAUCGUUUAUUAUGAUAAAACUGAUUACUCCAAUGCUUGCGUUAAAAUGCUGUAUAUUCAUAUUCUAUUAGUACUUAUUUCUAACAAUCUAUUCCGAAUCUGGUUUUAGGGGUAUUCUUUUUCUGAUUGUCCUGUAUGCUUACAAUCUGAUAUCUAACACAUCAAAAGUCAACCUAAAUAAGUUGAUUCAUAUACACAAAAAAAUGAGAAAAAUAAUAUAGUUAGUCACUGAAAUGAAUAUAACCACUGACUGACAAUCCAAUACAUAUUCAGAGUUACGGUAUUUUCAUAGUGCCUAACUUAGAAUCCUAUUAAAACGAUUGAAUUUGAUUUUACUUAUAGUUGUUUAAUGACAAAAGUUUGACCUCUAUGUUAAUGUGCACUUACUAUUAUGUGCUUAUAUUAAUUUUGAAGAUGUUUAAAUAUUUCAUCAUCCUCUCCAUGAGGCAACCUUUUGUUUCUUUGUUUAAAUUUAGUAUUCAAUCAACUUCUAUUUGAAGAGACUAAUCAGUCAAAUUCAAUCAUCGAAUAGGAAACAAAAGUUAAUCUAUAGUUAUAGUUUUUCUUGGAGUUAUGCAUUUUUCAUAAUAUUACUUUGUUUUUAUUUUUUUUUUCUUGUAGAUUUUCUGAUAUCCGUAAAAGCUACUUUUACAGUGUAUCUCAAAAUGGACCUAAACGCAUUUAUUUCUAUUGUUGUAAGAGAAAGACGUUUUUUUACCGGGUCGCCAUCAAAACUAUCUGACUCUUAAAAUAACCGAUAUAGCAGUACGUUUAGCACUAAUUUGGAAUGCUCUGUAUUUAUAUUUACACAACGCUGGGAAGGUAACUCCUUGUAUUAGUGUAUUUUGAGUCUCACAAAAGAAAGAUGCAGGCCCGUUUUCAUUUAUCUCGAUUAUUUCUGUUUCUAAAAAAUUUAUACAUUUUUCAGUGUUUAUUCAAUAAUGGUCAGUAUUGUUUGGUUUUCAAAUACAGGAGUAACAGUCCCAUUAUAAAAAUCAAACUUCAUAGUAUAUAGUGCAUAUUAUAUAAUAAUCAGGUAUUUUUUUUACUAAAAGGGAGUAACUCUGUCGAGGACGUUUGGAUCUAAAUUUUCGAAAAAAUCAUGUAAAAUUGGAUGUAUUUCGUGGAUUUCUGUACCUGUAAAUUUGUCUUGUAGAUGUGUCACUUUUUUUCAGUAAAAAACGUUUCGGCAAGAGGUUAUCUUCCUUGUACAGAAUGAUUUAUAUCAAAUCCUGUGGAUUCUCAUUGAAAAAUAUAAGGUAAUCGAAAAAUUAAUAAGAAUUCAAAUAUAUAUAUAUAUAUAUAUAUAUAUAUAUAUAUAUAUAUAUAUAUUACAUAUAUAUAUGUAUAUGUUGUGGCUAGUUACAAAACAAAAUGUUUGUACAAUCUUCGAAAUCGAUCGGGGUCACUUGAUGUAAAUCAAUUUGUAUCUAUAUUUUUUAUUACAACACUAUAGUUUAUAGUACAUGUUACACUUUGCUAGACGGAGACUGAUGUGCAAACCAGCCCGCUGUAGAAUUAGUACCUUAGUUCUGGAUACAUUUUCAUUCAUUUUACAUAUUCCAAAUCAAUUAUGCACAAUAGUUCAUACAAUAUUUAGAACCAUACUAAAUUCGCAUGCAUGCGUACGUAUCAUAUUUCCAAGAACUACGACGAAUUAAUAAGAGCAGACAGUUGAAAUACUCUGACCAGCUAUUUAUUAUUAAUGUAAUUUUUAACAUAAAUUUUUUGUAAAGUAUUUAUCCAAUCUUAACAUUUUCAUUAAAUUCCGAGGAGUUUUUCACAAAAUAUCACUAAAGAAAGAAUAUUUUUUCCAUGUUAAUGAGUAUCUAGUUCGUUGUAACAGGAACUUUAAUUUCUUAUUAUUUUAUUUUUUGUUUUAUUAUUAUUUUUAUUAACCCUUUAGUGCCAUAAAUAUUUCACCAAUAUGCUAAAAAUGCCAGUAAAAAAGUGCGUUUUUAUAUAUAAUUUAUAUGAACGAGAGAAAUUCACCAUUUUCGUUACAAUACACCAAUAUUCAUAAUUUUUGCAACAUUCUCUUCAGAAGAUUUUAUACUAUGAUAAUAAAAACACAGAUAUUGAUUACUACAUAUUUAUUGACAAGAAAAUUACAGAAAGUAUAUGAAAAAACGAACAAGAUGUAUUUACAAACGGGUUUUCCUUAUGCAAACACCGUGCAGUCCUUUUUACACAUGGAGCCAAUCAAGUUUGAUUUUUUCAGUGCAUUUCUCUUACUGCUGCAUACCACACAUCGUCGUAAAUUUCGUCCUGACAAUUCUUUCGAUCUAAAAGUCGGUUUCGAUGAGAUAUGUGAUUUUUUCCAUCCAACCAUUUUUUCUAUAGUGCACUUAUAACACUGGAAGUAAAUUCCAAUUUGGCCAUUUACUUAUUAUUGGAAUUAUGCUGAUAAAUUAUAUGAUUAUAGAGUCAUUCGUCCAAAAAUAUUGAACACUACUUUUUUCCAAAAUUUCACUGUUCUUUCAUAUAAGUAUGAGUAAACAAAGCAUUUUAUCACAUUCAUCCACACCACCUAUGAAUUGAUUGUAGGCAUAUAUCAUAGCUGGCUUGAUUUUUUCUCCUUCCAUAAUUUCCACGUUUCUUUUUUACUGUUACAUUUCCAAUAUUGCUAUCAGUGGGAACGAGGAUGACUGGAUUUUUUUGGACUCUAUACUGGUAUAGAAAUAGAUGGUAUCCUUUGUUUAAAUAUUUUCCCAAACUUAGGAGUUUUUCCACCACUACAGAAUCAUCUUCCUUAGAUUUUGCUCCACGAUAACAAUAAAAACCUAAAUAAUAUUUAGUAAUAGAAUCACGGAGCAACCAAAAUUUUAUGCCCCAUUUAUGAUGUCUCUUAUUUGGCAAAUAUUGUUUGAUGGUUGUUUAGCAUUUUGUUCCAACUAGAGAUUCAUCUGUACUUAGCUGUUUAUUGGUCACAUAAUGCUGACGAAAAACUGUGUUGUCGUGUUCAAUCGAAAAGUCAAAUCUGGUACAUGGGUUGUAUUCGAGAGGUUCCAGUGAUGCUAGUCUCAUUGUUAACUAAAUGGAAAAUUUUUAAAAGUAAUUGAAAUCUGUUCCUGUAAAAAGAAAUAGUAGGUCCUCUUGUGAUACUGAUUUCCGGGAUUACUGCCAUAAAUGCUUCCAUCUCUGGUAUUGUGCAAGGCGUCCAAUAUUUAGUUUCGAAUUUGGAUGAAAAUUGCAAAGCAUACCGAUUAGUUUUUAUAACCAUUUUUUGUACAAAAAAUAAAUUGAAAUAACAAAAAAUUUAUAUCCAACCAAAUUUUAAAAUGUUUAUGAGAGCUCAUCUUUUUUAUUUCGGCGAUGGAUCAAAUAUUCAUUAAUAAAAUGUAAAUAGAGACUUUACAACAAAGUUAUGUUUGAAAUUGUAGUCAUACAUACAUUCAGUUGGUCUUUGACUAGUUGAAGUACGUUGUAGUUUGUCACAUUAAGAUCGUACCAAAGUGCAGCUUAUUUACUUUUAAUAUUUUUCGAGAAUUUCCUAAUUCAUUCAACAUUUCCUUAAUCAUCCAAUCUAAGGUAAUCAUUAAAAAUAAUAAAAAAAAGGAUGUAAACUACCUCAGUAAUUAUAUAUUUGUUGUUCAUGUUUUAACUUGGGUAUCAAUAUAAGUUUAUAUUUUACUUAUGGUGAAUACUAUUUGUAUACAACACAGUUCAUAAUAUAUAUAUAUAGAAAUAGAUAUGAGUUUUGUGUCAGUGUGCCAUUGCUUUUUAAAGAUUGAUGGUGCAAAAUUUCUGCAUAUGCGAAAAAUAGUAAUCGUUGUGAAAUUUUGUUACUAUUAUGAUACCAUUCUCUAUACAGGACAUUUCAGUGUCAAAAUCAAAAACCCUGUAUAUGUACGGGUAUUUGAGUUUUGCCCAUCAACCUGUAUAUUGUUAUUACUUCUACUGUUGUUUUUGGUGCUAACCAUAUACUAUAUUCCUGAAGGUGCUUGGUAACGAUUUUUGUUACUGUUAUUGUUAGGCCUUUAACAUUAGUAGGAACGUCUGUGGAUUAUUGAUACUGCAGCCAGUAGAAUUGCUGUUUUAACAUUUUUUUAUAGAAGAAUUUAAGAUAAUUUUCUCAGGUAAAACAGCUCAGGUAAUUUAUUUGAAUUGGCUUUUGGUAACAUUACAAUUUGUAAAUAUUAUGCCAAUAGUUUGUUUCUGUUACAAUGUCCUGUAGAUUAUGGCAUAAUUAUAAAUUAAGCAAACAGUUGUCAUGUGUUCUAUGUAAAUGUCAAUAAUUUUCCAAAUAUUCAAAAAAACUUCGGUAUGGCAUACUUGAAUCCAAAAUAAAUUUACACAAUACACUGUCCAAUAUUUCAGUUAAAUAAAUAGUGUUCCCU